AUCAAAAUAUCAUCGCCCACAGUCUCUGCAGACGUGGAUGCAUCCUAUGCCGUCGCAGUUAUGACAGUGGCGUCACUGUGAUACCAUUUGUCCUGUCUCCCGUUGGAUUCCUCCAUUGGAUCGCGACAUCCACCCGGUUGCUGACAGACGCGCUGCGGUCCCUCAGUGCACAGUCAUUCACCACCCAUAAUUCAAUCGCCCUUGGUCCUUUCCCGAGUGAUUCUGAAGCAGAAGCAAUUAUUGGAGUCGAUCUGGGGGAUCCCCCUGGGCUGCAGCAGCCGCCGAGACAUAGCCUGCUGAGGUACUCCUCCGCGCACCCCGACACACCCGUCAAAGGGCCUCUGCAAGUGAGCCGCAACCAUGCCUGCAGGUCGCGGCAGCAAGAGGACCCUCGAAGAAGUUGUUAAUUACGAAGAUUCGGAUGAUGAGGAUUAUGAUGACCGCGCAGCCGGGCCCUCGAAGUCCCGGCCUUCGAAGUCUAGGCGGCGAGGCGCUCCCGCCCGCAAGAAGCGAAGAAGAGGAUACAAAGGCUCCGAUGUCGACAGUGACUCGGACGAGGUCGUGUCGGAUGAGGAAGAUUCAUUUUCUGAUGAGGAGGAUGAAGACAUCGAGACAAACGCAAUAGGCCGACCUGUUCGGAGGGCUGCCAAAAAAGCGGCAAACAAAUACGAAGAAAGUUCCGAGGACGAGGAAGACGAACUUGCCAACUCCUCAGAAGAAGACCAUCCGCAUCGCCGAGCCAAGACGCCCCCCCGAAAAAAGUUGAUCAUCACCCUCAAGACUACCCCUGCGCGUCCGACGAGAAGUUUGCGAAACAGGAGCGGAAGUUACGGUGUCAACCAACCCACAGCUUCGUCUGUACCCCAUCCUGCAUCUUCCCGAAGGAGCAGUCGCCUUUCUCACGACCCUGAAGAGUCUCUGGUGAAGUUGACCGAUUCUGGCAACCACGUCGAGGUCGUGCGCGAAGGUUCCCGAGACCCUGAAGGCAUCCCACCAAGAGCAAUGAAAGGCGGAAAGGGCCUCAAAUACCCCUCGAAAAGUACAAUCGACGAAGAGUCACAAUCGCAACCCAAAGAAGAGGAGGUCGAAGAAGAACUUGAAAUACAGGCAUCACAAUAUGAGCUUCUGGAAAGCGAACCUCAAACCAUGGAAGAACAUGCAGCGGAACCGCUGCCACGAGUUAUCUCGGAUAUUGUGACCAUUGCCGAAGCUGAAGGCGGUGAGAGUGAUGGGGACUUCAAUCCGGAACCCGCUGCCACGCAGGAAGAGAUCACAGUCGAAGCUGAGAACGCGGACGAGGAAGAGGAAGAAGAUGAGGAAGAGGAUGAAGUGAGACCAGCGCGGGGCAGAUUGACCCGUGGCUCCUCAAAGAGAAAAGUAGAGUCGCCUGAGUUUGAACCGCAGAACUCGCCCAAGCGACUGCGCGGACGGCCUCUUGGAGAUGGAGCCCAAUCAGGAGCCUCGGGCAGUCGUCGACGAAAAGCUCCGGACGAGAGCAGUGAUUUCCAUCCUGAAGAUGAAGCCGCCAACCAAGACGACCUGUCAAGUUCCAGCGAGUCUAACGCAUCGCCCCGCAAAAAGAAUGGCGAUGAUGACGACUACGAGAGCGAAAACCAAGGUCGGAGGUCUCGACGCCUCCGUAGCCAAGCAGCAUCUCGCCAACGGUCCGAAGUGAGCGACGACGAUCUAGCUGCAGAGGUCGCAGAGUUGAAGCGUGACGGCAGGAAGUCAAGACGUCCUAGGGAAGAAGAAAUUAUCUAUGAGCCUCGCGGGCGACGAGGCGGGAAAAAGCCCAACUAUGACCUCCUCAGGAAUCUCGCUCCGCUCGAGGAGGAGGAGGAAGCAGCUGCCCCAUCCCCUUCUGCACGAGCUCGAAAGACCGGCGGUGGCGGUUGGAACCGGAGCCUGUUCAACACUUACGGCCCAUUCGGCGGGGGUGGCGGCCUGCCACCGGUGCUGGGAGGAGGCCCUCAAAGGGCUCAAGGCGGCGUUGAUUCCGACAGCAGUGACGAUGAGACGAUGAAACAGCCCAAGCCCUUGGGCGGUACAGUAGGGAUGACACCAACGACUGGUGGUGGCUUCAACCUCUUCCCUCAAACUCACAAUGCAGAUCCGGCCCAGGCUGCAGCUGGCACCCCGGCCAAUCUCGGCAAGAUCAAGGACAAGCAGGCCUUAGCAGAUGCUGACCCGCUUGGAGUUGACCAAAACGUGACUUUCGACAACGUAGGCGGUCUGCAAGGGCAUAUCGAUCAGUUGAAGGAGAUGGUCGCUUUGCCUUUGCUUUAUCCCGAAAUCUUCAUGCGAUUCAAGAUUACUCCUCCGCGUGGGGUCCUUUUCCACGGCCCGCCUGGGACAGGAAAGACUCUUCUCGCGCGGGCACUGGCCACCAGUGUCAGCUCUCAGGGCAAGAAAGUCACGUUCUAUAUGCGCAAAGGCGCCGAUGCUCUAAGCAAGUGGGUUGGCGAAGCUGAAAGACAAUUGCGGCUACUCUUCGAAGAAGCCCGGAAGAAUCAACCCAGCAUCAUAUUUUUUGAUGAGAUCGACGGUCUCGCUCCUGUACGGUCAAGCAAACAAGAACAGAUUCACGCUUCCAUUGUUUCAACGCUGCUCGCGCUGAUGGAUGGGAUGGAUGGGCGAGGCCAGGUUAUUGUUAUCGGUGCUACCAAUCGGCCUGAUUCCAUUGAUCCGGCACUACGACGACCUGGUAGAUUUGAUCGAGAGUUCUACUUCCCCUUACCGGGCACCGAAGCCAGAAGAUCCAUCAUUAACAUUCACACGAAGGGCUGGGAUCCCCCUCUGCCCGAAGCCAUCAAGGAUGAGCUGGCAGAAUUGACAAAGGGUUAUGGCGGCGCGGACUUGCGUGCCCUGUGUACUGAAGCUGCGCUCAAUGCAGUCCAGCGCCACUACCCUCAGAUUUACAACUCGAACGAGAAGCUCGCCAUUGACCCAAGGAAGAUAGAAGUCACGCCCAAGGACUUUAUGAUAUCUCUCAAAAAGAUGACGCCUUCUUCAGAGCGAUCGGCGUCGUCCGGCGCUGCUCCCCUACCGCCUAGUGUCGCGCCACUGCUGCGGCACCAACUGGAUCAGAUCAGCCAACUUCUGGCAGAAAUACUUCCGCAACGGAAGAGACUGACCGCUCUGCAAGAGGCUCAAUACGAAGACGCUGCGAACGGUCACAGUUUCGGUCGAGAGAAAAUGCAACAAACAUUCGAGACCACCAGAGUCUUUCGUCCUCGAUUGCUGAUCCAUGGCAAGAUGGGCAUGGGGCAACAAUAUGUCGCUUCUGCUCUGCUCAAUCACUUUGAAGGGCUCCACGUCCAGGCCUUUGAUGUCCCAACGCUGUUUAGCGAUACAGCGAGUUCCCCCGAGGCCACGAUCAUCAGACUAUUUUCUGAAAUCAAAAUGCACAAACCAAGCGUCAUCUACAUCCCCAAUGUGCAGGAGUGGUACAACACAGUUGGUCAGACGGUAAUUUCUACUUUCGUGGGCCUUUUGAGAUCUAUCAAACCCACCGACCCUGUUCUGUUACUUGGAUUUGCAGAGGGCGACUAUGAUGACAUGGAGGAUAACAUGCGACGCGAAUUCUUCGGAUACUCGAAGAAGAACCAGUUCCAGCUGAGGGAACCUGAUCAUGCAGAAAGGUCCGAGUUCUUCCGCAGUAUCAAAGAGUACAUCAGCACGGCACCAGAUGAUUUCCCGGAUCCAGAGAACCGAAAGAAACGUGAACUGGAGAAGCUUGCGGUGGCACCGCCUGAGCCAGAGAGGCGAAAGAAUGCAUUAACCAAGGAGGAGCUCAAGGCACAAAAGAAGCGUGACCGUCAAACUCUGAACAUGCUCAAGAUUCGAUUGCAGCCUAUCAUGGAUCAGAUCAGGACGAAAUACAAAAAGUUCCGGACGGGCGUGAUUGAUGAAAGCCACAUUCGCUACCUCUACGACGAAGCUGAUCCAGGUACUGUGACAUCUGAUUUGCACACUGAAAUUCUAGCCAGAGCUUCUUACCGGCCUUUCGAGAUCGGAAAGGACGCCCACGGUGUGCCGGGCCUCAUAGAUCAGGCCAAUGGAAAUUUCUAUUACAAUCUGGACUCGGUGACCAUCGAGAAGCGUCUGAGCAAUGGAUAUUACAAGCGACCGAAAGACUUUCUGGCCGACAUCAAGCGCCUGGCAAAGGAUGCAAAGACGAUUGGUGACGAGGACCGACUGCUGAAGGCGAAUGAGCUGUUAGCCAACGUCGAAGUCGAUAUUGGAUCCCUGGAAUUCGGUGAACCUGCACUCACCGCGGAGUGCGAACGUGUUUACCAACGAGAACUAGAAAGAGAAAGAGAGGCAUUGGAGAAAGCCGAGCAAAACAAAAUGCCCCCGCCACCCAAUGUUACCAAUAUCGCUCAGGGUUCGGGAACAACGACCACAAAUGACACAGGCCCAAUCCUGCUGGGCGAACCCAUGCAACGCCGCAACGACUUUGCUCAGCGGCUUGCUGCGACAUCCGCUCAGGCCAACUCAACCGAAUCAAUUGUAACGAACGGCAUCCACCCCAGUCACAACAAUUCAGAACAGCUGACAAAUGGGUCCCACGCAAAUGGCCACGAUGUGGAUGUGGAAGGUGACACACCCAUGGGAGGUGCGGACUCGCAUCCAUCUUCUAACAACAAGAGCAACGAGACGCAGCAGACGCACACGACGAGCUCUUUUGGUGCCCGUGCCUCUGCCCAAACAAGGCCGUGGCAUGCAUACACCGCGCCCUCGCAACAGCUCAUGAAGGAAUCGGGAUUGUCAGCACCACCCUCCCAGACGGGAGCCUUCACCCCUAUGCCUCAAGGGAGCCAUCCAGGGGAAUUCCAGAAUGAUGCUAGCACAACCCAAUCACCCAACGACAAAAAGACGUCAUCCAAUGACACGCAGCAGGAGGUUCACCAAGACUCGGGCCCUGACCUUUAUCCAUUCGAAGAGAGGCGGUCUGCUGGGGGUAGCCAGAUCCCAUCCACGCAAGGACAAAACUCGCAAUCACAACCUGCCGGCAGCGGCCGUCCCUCUUCUUCGCAAGGGCCGGACCAAGACUUCGGCUCACAGCAUUCCAUAACCAUGCCUCCUCCAAUCGAGGCGCAGUCUCACCGGCAUUCCAACACCAGCCGUAUUGAUGACCUACUCAAUCCUUCUUUGUCACCACCACAUCCAACGUCACCGCCGCCACCUUCUCGACCCAAUUUGAUCCAAGUCGAACAGCAUGCGCUUCAUAACCUGCACACCGAGAUCACGGAUCAAACUAGCGGUCUGUCCGUGGAACAACUUGAGCAAGUGAACAGCGUGUUGAUGGAUACGAUCUGGAGGACGAGAAGUGAGUGGGACAGAAACAAGGUGAAAGAGAAGGUGGCCGAGGCUUUCAAUGAGGUUAUGGCGGAUAUGGCCGGUGUCGGACAGCGGUUUGGGGAGGGGAGCUGGGGCCGGAAGGCGCAGGUAUGAUCUUCUGAGGAUCAAAGGAUGACGGGCAUGCAGGGUGUAUAUGUUGGGGAUUAUAGGCAGACCGGAGGGAGGAUGCGAAAAGAAAGGCGGUCCCUCAUUCGGACAAAAAUUGGAUGGCUUGUUUGAAUCAAGAUGUGAUGUAUAUGCAAAGAAUCAAAAGAGCAGAAAGGAGCAUAAUCGGCGUCAAACAGCAGCCAGGCUUGCGCUCAGCUCGAGCUCUUUUCAUGAAGUGGUGCGCUGCUGGCUUCUUUUAUCAGCAACUCGACGUGAGUUCUGGGCUCUCGCC